CGUCAUGCGGUACAUUUCGUUGGCUUUGCUGCUGAUGCUGGUGGUUUUGGCCACUAUUUCCAAUUAUGGGACAAAUGCUUCUUCCUGUGAACAUUCUGGAAAAAGCCUAAGCCACCUUACAGGCUUGGGAGUAGAUGAGAGUUGUAGUCGUUCUUCACACCCAGAAAAAAUAGGCGAAACAGUGGAAGUCUCUAAGGAAAAGGUUGACGAUUCUGAUGAUGCUGAAGAAUAUAACGUUCCGCAGGUGUCCUUCUUCAGCAAAUUGAAGAAGGCAUUCUCAUUUUUGUACAACAUUAUCAUGUGGUAUGUGAAUUUGACUAGGGAAUAAAUGUAAAUGAUGUGGCAUAGCUGCUAACAAUGCCAAAUCUAA